AGAGUACAUUGUGAUUGUAGCUUAUAAAAACAACAAUAACAGUGAUUUGUGGCGGUUUUAGCGGCGUAGUUCGAGUGAUUUAAUACAAAAAAUGCGGACAGCAUUGAUUCUUCCCCUCCUCGCCCUGGUGGCAGUGGCGCAGGCCGUCUCCUAUGCCGAGGUCAUCCAGGAGGAAUGGCACACCUUCAAGCUGGAGCACCGCAAGAACUACCAGGACGAGACUGAGGAGCGCUUCCGGCUGAAGAUCUUCAAUGAGAACAAGCACAAGAUCGCCAAGCAUAACCAGCUAUGGGCCACCGGCGCGGUGAGUUUCAAGAUGGCCGUCAACAAGUAUGCAGAUAUGCUGCACCACGAGUUCUACUCCACAAUGAACGGCUUCAACUACACCCUGCACAAGCAGCUGCGUAACGCCGAUGAGAGCUUCAAGGGUGUGACCUUUAUCUCGCCGGAACAUGUGACCCUGCCAAAGCAAGUGGACUGGCGCACCAAGGGCGCUGUCACCGAUGUUAAGGAUCAGGGUCACUGCGGCAGCUGCUGGGCCUUCUCCAGCACCGGUGCCUUGGAGGGACAGCAUUACCGCAAGUCGGGCGUGCUGGUGUCUCUAUCCGAGCAGAAUCUGGUUGACUGCUCGACGAAGUAUGGUAACAACGGCUGCAAUGGCGGUCUCAUGGACAACGCCUUCCGCUACAUCAAGGACAAUGGCGGCAUCGACACCGAGAAGUCCUAUCCCUAUGAGGCCAUCGAUGACUCUUGCCACUUCAACAAGGGCUCGAUCGGAGCCACAGAUCGCGGAUUCGUUGACAUUCCCCAGGGCAAUGAGAAGAAGAUGGCGGAGGCAGUGGCCACCAUUGGACCCGUCGCCGUUGCCAUCGAUGCCUCUCACGAGUCGUUCCAGUUCUACUCCGAGGGCGUCUACAAUGAACCCGCGUGCGAUGCCCAGAACUUGGAUCACGGAGUUCUGGUUGUGGGCUUUGGCACCGAUGAGUCUGGCGAGGACUACUGGCUGGUGAAGAACUCUUGGGGAACCACCUGGGGCGACAAGGGCUUCAUCAAGAUGUUGCGCAACAAGGAGAACCAGUGCGGCAUUGCCUCUGCAUCCAGCUAUCCUCUGGUCUAGUCUGGCCCCGAUGUACUCCUCCAGAAACACAUCCCCUUUAUGAUACAUACAAAAAAAAAAACCCAAGACCCAACAAAAGCAUCUCAGAAGAAACUUUAAUAUUUAGCCAA